UUUUUAUCUUAUGCCCCAUUAAGCAACUUUGCGUAUCUUGAAAAGUGCUAUACAAAAUAAAUGUAUUAUUAUUAUUAUAUUAUUAUUACAUGUUAAACUCCAACACUGGUCAGGCUAAGUGGUGCAUCACUGCUAUAGAUACUCAGCAGGCAGUGUGUUGGCUGCAUAGUGUCUUCAUACAGGGGCAAGUCCAGCUGUCCAGACAUUCACUUCCCUUUUUAUGGUGCAAACUGGACUCCCUGCCAGAUUGCAAAACUGUGACCGUGUUUUCACUUAUUGUCAGGCAGGACAUUUUAACAUUGAACAGCCUCCAGUGGUCGCAUACCCUCUAUAUAACCACAGUCAGUGAACCAUGAAGUGUGAAGCCGAAGUGCCUCAAACCUUCCCAGCCUCCUUCUCCUCUCACCUCUCGGAUAGCUGCCAUCGUGUUCUCCGGUGCGUCGUGCCCACCGCCUCGGUGAGCGACCACCGACACCUUACCGGAGCCCGCCGUUCCCUUGGCCGGGUGCAGCACCUGGCGGGCUCGGCUAACGGGCACCUGGGGGAACCGAAACAUGAUCAGAUCAGUGCUGCAGCACAGGUUAACUAACCACCUAUUAUCCUGUACCAGAGGAUCAUGUCUGCUCACAGGUCGGAUACCUAAUGGUGUACAGCUUCAUUCACCAGGUCAUACACCAGUCCAACACACCCUCCAUGGACCCCAAAUACCUAAAAUCACAGGCUUGACCAGAUGCUCAGACUUGUCCACUCAGAAGUACACAAUGAUUUACACCCUGCCUCACAUAAAGCUCCUCAGAGCUGUAUCCAGGCUCAAGCUGCUCCAAACUGCAAUCACCGUGGUCAUCUUGCCCCCAGUGUACGUCCUCUACUUCCAGGGAGAAGUUCCCUUCUUUCUUCUCGGCUACUCAACAGGGAUUGCGUUGUUUGCUGGUGUCAUGCUGUACGCUGCCAGUCACUUCUUCAGGAGGGUUGUGGGGAUGAUGUACCUUGACCCGUCCGAGACCACGCUCAAAGUUUCCCACCUGACCUUCUGGGGAAAGCGCCACGAUAUCUACCUGCCUGUGUCGGAUGUUAUGCCCAUCGGAGAUGCAGGGGACACUUUGAAUGAGACCAUAUUGACACUUAGGAGAUACAGCAGUCCGCAGACUUUGUAUUUCUCUACUUAUUAUGGACGUGUGAUGGACAAACUGGGAUUUGAAAAAGUGUUUGGAAGAUUACAAUGAUUAUCUGUCAAAAUACAAAAAAAAAGAAACUGUCUCCUUAGGCUCUUAAAUAUCAUGAGUAAAAUGUCACAUGCUGUGAUCUGAUUUCCAUGAAAUAUAAUUAAAAAGCUAAAAGAUGAUACAUUGGAGGACUGCCGCUGCAAUAAUUUAUGACCAAUAUAAAUUAAAUGUUGAAUAUUUAAAAUAAAUGCUCUGAGGUAUCUACCAUAAAUCAGUAGAUCAAGUAGUUUUUUAAUGAAACUUGUGUUUGAAAAGUAGGAAUGCACAUUUAAAGGUCUCAGCAGGACUGUGGUCGUAAAACAUACAAAGUAACAAGAGUUUUCAGUAACAUGCUAAGAUUAUCAUUGUCUGGUAACAAGUGGUUUUAAUGUGCAAAGCAGGAAAAAGUGAAAUAAAACCUAAAAUCUUCUUGGUA